AUGAGCGACCUCAAGUGGGGGUUCGAGAAGAGCUACGCUCACAAGGUGACACCAGCGAAGUGGCAGUCCAACGGGGGUUUCACCUUCUACCAGAACAGCCCGCUGAGCACCAAGUCCUUCCGCGCGCCAGCCGCCGAGCCGAUGACCAACAAGGGCACAGGUGCUCGCGACGCUGGAGCCUACUCCGAGAGGCCGCAGGACAGGCACAACUGCAUGUCCGAGUACGGCGUCCAUCGUGAGAUGCCCUGGGAGAACUCGCUGCGGGUGCCGUUGGUCCGCCGCAAGGCCAGCAAGCUGAAGCCGCAGGACCCGAGGUCGAUCUCCGCGCCGGGCACCAGCCGAGUCGACGCCGCGAAGCGGCAGAGCGCGCUGGUGGGCGCCGCCUCGGCGGCGCUGCGGCCGAGCAGCGCCGGGCUGGCGAAGUGAGCCGGCCUGGCGGGCUCUAGUGGGGCUACAGGGCUGAUAAUUACAGGAACCCAUUUGCGCAAAUGCAUGUAUCCGCGCCUUCGACGACCAUUGCAUGCUUAUGCACGUAUUUGGUAUGUCUGUGGCGCAUCCCGCCACAGUAGCUGGGAUCUUGAUUCGAUUUUUCCCCAAACAGCAUGCUGAACGGCAUGCUAUCGUGGUAGAAGCUAGUUCAGGCCGUGCCGCACGCGAUGUGUCAUGGCCUGACACGCCGUCGAAAGUCUGGGCUCCGAAGAGAAGGAGGGAGGGCUCCUCCCUCCUCCUCCCUGUCUGCGGCCGUUCUUGCACCACGCUGUGCGAAGUGUCAACGUCUGCGGCCGUUGGAGCACCGCGUUCUGUGAGGGGCAUGCGGGAUCCCGUCAGCGUGUCCCUAUCCAAGGC